GAUGAGAAGGAAGGGCACUAAUUGGCGUGGCCUCCCUCUCAUUACUAGCACGCUGGCAACAGAAAGAUACCAAAAUUAAGGCAGUGCCUCUAUCUCUUCAAGUCCUAAUAAAAGACAUUUUCAAGAAAUGAUAUUUCAGUUCUUUGGAAGUGGUUUUGUGUGUCUGACUAUGCUAUGGUAUUUCAUAUCUGCUAAAUUCUGCUGAAUUAACAACCAAAAAGAGAAAUCAGACAUGAAGUUUAUGAAACUUGGAUCUCGGCCUGACACUUUCUUCACUACUGAGGCUGUUAGAUCAGUCUCCUCUGAAAUUUCAAGUGAUCUCAUAGUCCAUGUAAAGAGUAGCAGAUAUUUGCUUCACAAGUUUCCCCUGUUUUCCAAGUGUUUAAGGCUGCAGAGGGUAUGCUUUGAAAGUCCAGAAAAAAUCUCUCAACAACAAAUAGUCAAACUACCAGAUUUUCCUUGUAGCAUAGAAGACUUUGAGCUGUGUGCUAAAUUCUGCUAUGGAAUCACCAUCACUCUCAGUGCUCACAACAUUGUUCCAGUACGCUGUGCAGCCGAAUAUCUACAAAUGACAGAAGAUGUCGAAAAGGGAAACUUAGUUUGCAAACUAGAAGUGUUCCUCAAUUCUUGCGUACUUUCAGGUUGGAGAGACUCAAUCGUGACGUUACAAAACACCAAGUCAUUUCCUUUAUGGUCCGAAGACCUUGGAAUAACGAGCAAAUGUAUCGAAGCCAUUGCUUCAAAGGUUUUAUCCAAUCCUAUCAAAACGAAUUUGUCACGUAGUUACUCAAAAAGAGGCGGAAGAGAUGAUGUAAUUUCGUGCAAUGGAUCAGAAAGCCUAAGGCAUAAUAGUAAACCUUUAUGUAAAGACUGGUGGGCUGAAGAUUUAGCAGAAUUGAGUAUUGAUCUAUAUUGGAGAACAAUGAUAGCUAUAAAAUCUGGUGGAAGAGUACCUGCUAAUCUUAUUGGUGAUGCAUUGCGAAUUUACGCCUCUCGAUGGCUACCAAACAUAUCAAAGUAUGCAAAUCGCUCUGACUCAAAUUCAAUUGGGAAACAUAGGCUGCUGUUGGAGUCAAUUAUCAGCUUAUUACCAGCUGAAAAAGGAGCUGCUUCUUGUAGCUUUCUAUUAAAAUUGCUUAAAGCAGCCAACAUUUUAAAGGCAUCUUCUUCAUCAAAGAUGGAAUUGGCAAGAAGAGUUGGAAUUCAGUUAGAGGAUGCUACAGUUGGUGAUCUGUUAAUACCUUGUGUAUCGAAAACAAGUGAUACAAUUUAUGAUGUGGAUAUUGUUAUGACCAUAUUAGAACAGUACUUCAUGCUACAAGGUCAAAGUCCGCCAACAAGUCCUCCACGACGAAUCAAAGGGAAUUUCGAGAGAAGAAGAAGAUCCCGGUCUGCCGAGAAUAUUGAUCUCGAGUUUCAGGAAAGUAGGAGAUCAUCUUCUGCAUCACAUAGCUCUAAACUCAAAGUAGCUAAGCUUGUCGAUGGAUAUCUCCAACAGAUUGCCACGGAGGAAAAGUUGCCACUGUCGAAAUUCGUUUCCAUUGCUGAAGCAAUUCCUGAAUUUUCAAGGCUCGACCAUGAUGAUCUUUAUCGAGCCAUUGACAUCUAUCUUAAGGGGCAUCCAGGUCUGAACAAGAAUGAAAGAAAGCGUUUGUGCAGAAUGUUAGACUGCAAGAAAUUAUCGAUGGAAGUUUGCAUGCAUGCAGCACAAAAUGAACUGCUCCCACUAAGAGUAGUAGUUCAAGUUCUCUUCUUCGAACAAGCGCGAGCCACCAUGUCUGGUGGACAUGUAACUGAGCUUCCGAGCAACAUCAAGGCUCUUUUAGCUAACCACGAUGACACAUCAAAGACUUCUGCAUCUUUCACCAAUGAUGAUCAAUGGAGUGCCUCAGGCAAGAUUUCGACUCUGAAGAUGAAGCUGAACGAAGAUUUGGACGAAAAUUAUGUUCAUGGAAAUGGCAGAUCUUCAAGAAUAAAACCUAAGAGAAUGUUUAGUAAGUUGUGGUCCAGUAAUAGAUCAGUUGCAAGUGAAAAGAACUAAAACUUUUUUUUUGUUGCUUAGUUUCUUUGUUGGGUUUGGGGAAGGGGUAAGGAGGAGGUUAUUUGAAAGGUAAAGUAUACUCUGUUUUUACUAUUGUUGCUAAUUAAAUAUUUAUUUAUCCCUUUCUUUUACUUGUCGGAAACAAACUGUAAUGUUUAGGAAAGUAAAAUGAAAUGUGAAUUAUUGGUUUAA